AGAUUGAGAGGUAACAAAGCCCUUUAAUUGUUAUACCACAUUACAGCAACCAAAUGCUGCUAAAGGAAACCAUCCUCAAAACCAGCAACCUCUUCCAUAAAACUCUUGGAAACUUCAAGUGUUUAUUCUCCAAAGGGUUUCAAAAGCUGCAGAAACCCACUUCUUUGAUCACCUUCUCUUGCAGCAAAAGAAAGCCACAACAUACCCAUCCAACAAAUCGACUCUACAUUGAUUUUUAUGAUGAAUGGCAGUCCCCACUGCAAAAAUCAGCCAAGAAAAGCAUUGACGGUGGCAGUGUGAUGACGGCCAAGCAAAACAUGAAGCAAGAAGACACAAAUGUUGCAAAACAAAGUCCUCCAAGGAGUAGACAAGAGAAGGCUGUGAAAGAGAAGAAGCCAGGAAGUUGCCAUCUUAGAAAAGGUGAUGUUAAGAACAGCAGCAUGAGAAGUAAUGGACUAGCACAAAAAAUGAAGGAAUUAGAGAUGCUGGAUAGGGGUGAUAUGGAGCAAGAACUGGAUAUAGAAGAGGCAAUUCAUUAUUACUCUCGCCUCAGUAGUCCUGUUUAUCUUGAAAUUGUGGACAAGUUUUUCAUGGACAUACACUCUGAAUUCUCUGUUCCAGAGCCUUCUGCUAGGAGUAUGAACAGCUCAAAGAGAAGAAUGGGGUCCAUGAGAUUGUUAUAGAUUUUCAAGUAAGUGAACUAUAUCCUUUAUCUAUAUUUCUUUUCCUUCUUUUUGCAAGAUUUGGUUUGAUUAUAUUUGCAUACUUAUAUUCCCUUAUUGCUUCUUCUGAGUAUAUGGCUUUUGUAUGGUUACUGAUUCAUUGCCUGGUCUCGUCCGUUUCUGUAUAAAUUUGCCAAUAAAAAUUUGAAAUUUAUUGCC